GUUGCACAAAAAAAAAAAAAAAACUGAACGCUGAAACUUCAGACCAGACUGGUGAAGAAGUCUGAACCUUCGCAACCUGAGUUUGAACGGAGAGGCAAGGCCUGAUUGAAGACACGAUCUGUCCCGUCAUGGAGUCUUACAACGGAUUAAUUUUUUGAUUUUGUUUAGUGUUUACUACUUUCGCAUGUAUGCUACGCCGUGUUCAUAGACAUCGGCUCAAUUUCUAGUGUUUCCCAAAAUGAUGUCUCCAAACCAACACUCGGAUGAUCGAGGAUCUCCUCCUCAUUUCAGGCACACACCGCUGCAGAUGAUCCAUAUCAUUGCAAAUUUCCUGAGAAUAUGGUCAAUAUACUCCAUGUACCGCUACAUAUCUCAGACUGGAGCUUCAGUUGUUCUUUUUCUAUUUGCUUGCCUGGCUCCAUCAUCCAUCUUCUUUUUGAUUUUGCAAAAGCCUUGGAAGGGUAGGCCACUUUCUAAUACGCAGGUUGUGCCAUCUGUAAUAAAUGGUGGUAUAACAGCGUUGUAUCUGAUCUUAUGGGGAAAGGGACUAAAGUCAUGUGGACCAGUUAGAGCAAUAUUGGCUGAGUAUUCUGGUGCUAUCCUUGGAGUAUUGUCUGCUGUGUUGUAUGGUAGGAGAAGUCAUUUGUGGAAAAAGAUAGGUGGCCUAGUUGCAAUGUUGGCAUCAUUUUACCUGUUGUCAGAAGGGUGGGCCACGUCAACAUAUUCUCCGUUCUCAUGGGAAGAUAGAGAUGAUUCUGAGGCUCAGACUGAACAAAGUUUAGGGCUGAAGGAUAUGUUGGUUCCCAUCUUUGCUGGAAUUUUGUCAGCACUAAGAAGGGUGAUUGCAAGGCGUGUUUCAAUCAAGAAUCAACUUAAGAGGCGACUGCAUGCUUUAACUAUUGCAUCUGCGACGUGUUUCAUGUUUCCUAUUGCCAUGUGGGACAUCAUCAUAGGAUCACCUUCUGGCAGCAGUGGAAGAUUGCCGUUCUCAACUUGGGCCUUUCUUAGCACUAUUCUUUUCGGAAAUAUAUUGAUAUUCUAUGCUGACAGUAUUGCAGAGGAGAGAUUGCACAUGGUUUUCUCCACGCCAAGGCAUUUAAUGGUAGCUGUUGCAUGUAUCAUUGUGAUGGAGAUUGUCUACAAGAUGGACUUUUCCCUUUUCGGCUUCAUGAUUUGCUGCUUGAUUCUUGGCUUUGGGAUAUAUGAAGCAACUGCUGUAGAGCGCGGUAAAAAAGAUUCUUUACCAAAGUCAGAUUUAUCAAAUGGAGAAUCAUUGGACCCAAUUCAGAUGUCUCCAUUACCCACUUGAUGUUAAUUUUUUGUACUCACAGACAUGAUGAACUGUUGACCUCAAGCCUGAAGCCUUUUGAUAUCUUUAGAGUUGUACUUUGUCACCAACAAUUUCAUUUUGUGGCGCCCGUUGCUGAGCAGCCGUUACAUCCUUUCAUAGUCCUAGACUGCUAAGAAUUGUGUUAUCAACCAUUCUGGAGACUUCCACUGCAGGGCUUGUUGGAUUGGCAAAGGAUUCGUUAAGUUCUUGAUGAUUGAUCUGAUCUUUGAGGAGACUGAAGUCAUUAUUAUAUGUUGUACAGGAUCAUUCAUAUCUUAUAGUCCCUUGUAAUGUGCUGAAGGAUUUAUUAUGUGCUCAAUCCUAGUUGACAGUUGUCCCAGUUUAAAAGUUAUUUUGUACUUGUGAUUAUCACGACAUCACGGAAAUUUUAUUUAAAUUUUUCGAUGCAAAUGAAUAAUCACUUUAUGCUGGUGCCAAAA